AUGCCAAGUCGCAACGUGACGACGUCACUGCGCGACUUCUUGACGCUCGUGUGGUGGCACAUGUGCCACUUUGUCGCCUAUUAUGUGCGCGUGCGGCGUCUACGACCUUCCAAUCAGUUCUUUCACAAAGUGGUCGUCAUCGGGGACGACUUUGCAGCAGGUAUUGGCGACGACCUCCGGCUCGGAAGUGCUGGUGGAGGCAUUGCCAAGUACCUCGAGACGAUUGUUGCGUCGGACAACAAGGUUCAUCAUACUUGGGCUGUCGUCAAUGCAGGAGUGCCUGGAUCCACGACGGCCGACUGGCUCGUGUCUUCGCCCAAGAAGUACUUUGAAAACGUAUUCACGUCGAGAGCCACGAGCGACGCGUCCAUCGUGAUCAUCCUCCUCGGAUCUGCCGAGAUCAGAAAACACUCUGCUGCUGUUGGGUCCGAGAUGUACCGCAAUCUCGUGGCGAUUUGCGACACGUUGCGGAAAAAGAGCAAGCAAGUGUGCCUCGCUACGAUUGCAAGCGCUUGUCCACUCGACACUGAAAUGGACAACACCAGCUCGGCUGUCAACACGGCACUGGAGCAAUUUUGCAACAGCACAUCGACGGAAGCGGCACCCGUUGUUCUGGGGCCUCGGCUCGAUACGUAUGCGUUUCGUCGCGAGAGCGCGCUUUCGUUCGACAAGUAUCACUUCAACUCGCAGUCAUACCGACAGCUAGCUUACAACACGGCGGACUUCUUGAUCCCCAUGAUGACGGCUGUGGAAUGGACCAUCUGGAAAGACCAGCCCAGCCGCGUUUCCUACGACAAGACCUUGUACGACUAG